AGUAGGUCGUGCGAUGGAAGUAGUGCUGAAGCGAACUUCUCAAGCCUUCUCUGCAUUGCAGUUACUUGCGCCUGGCGUGGAUAAUGGAGGGUUGAACUUCACAACAAUGCUAACUGGAAAUAAUGUCGCAUCGGCAGCGACCAGCACAGGAGCAAGCAACAUCUGUAGCAACAAUACUAACACAGGGAAUCCCAGCACAUCAGCUUCGACUCCUGCCACAUCAUCACCCGGUGCAAUCCGCAAUGCCAAACUCCUACUAGCACCUCUGCCCACCACCAAGCCGAAGGACAUAGCAAGCAGUAUUGUGGUGACAGAACGGCCUCUGGCAGUAGGAGAAUGGGCUACCUUUGACAUAGGGCACGGUUUGCGUGUAGACCUACCAUUGCACUCUUUGACCCGCACCGUUGCUCAGAAGGGAAGCGUGUUGUGUACGGGAAGUGUUUGUCUGCGUGUAUCGAAAGAUUGCGACAAGAGUAUGCUGGCGGCAUGUUUGGAGAAGCUGUCCUUAGCAGCUGUGGAAGCGAAGAGUCCAAGUGCAGCUAGUCCCGCAGGAAAAAAGAACGCACAGAGCACGAACAGCUGCAGUACUACUUGAUGCAACUAUGUGACGGAGAUCUAACCCUUGUGUCUUUGGAUUUAGGGUUUAAGGUUUCGGGAGAUCUAACCCUUAUGUCUUCUUGACUCCGCCAAGCAUUUAUUUGACUAGAAGAUACAAACUCUUCAUUUUUCAAGGUGGUAUCCAAUGAAAAAAUAGUUGACCUCGUUCAGGUUGUAUCGUCGUUGCCGACCCCAGUGCAUGGAAUGUUGCUGGAGUGGCUGAGCCAACUAGUCGGACUCCUAAGAGAAAAGCUGCACAGGCUGUAGACAAAGGCGAGGAUCAAGUGAUGCGGAAGAGGAUCAACGACUUCGUGCAAAAGAUAGUUGCAGCAAACAGCACUGUCGCUAGUGUUAAGGUCAACGCUAUGUGUCCAUCUUUCUCGGCAUCUCGGUACCCUUUUCCCUUGAAUUCUCAAGAAAUACAAGGUAAAAGGGGUCAGGAUGAGGGGGCCGACAUGCGAGCUAGCCGACUCCAAUAGUGGGCAGCAUCAAUCGGGAGGAGUGAAUCAAAGUAGUCACGGCGGUGGUGCGGUGGUCGACAUCACAGCCGUCAUUUGUGUCUUGCCUCCAGAGGCAAAGGUCACGGCUGCUGAGCUACAACGAAUGAAACGUAGUGUAGGUGAGUCGUCUCCGGAAGCGUCCGUGGCAGGUGCGUCGAAGACUCCACUGCCAGUAACUUUCUGCACAGAUUAUCCCGACUUUCAUCCUGUAGGACAAACGUUUGAGGAUAGUAGAAAGGCAAUGUCGAAAACAUCUGCUUCCAAAGACGAAACUGGAAGUUCUGAGGCAAUCGAGUCCCUUGAGAAUGAAGAGCAGACAUUAGAUCAGCCAUCCACCCAUGAACUAAACCCUCUACCCAUUCCCACCACCAUCCUCGAUAUUCGUUCGCAACAGUGGGCUUCUACGCUGUCCAGCAUUGCGAGUUUGAAACCGAAAGGAGUUUUGAUUACUCAGAGAAGUGCUAGUCCAGCCUGGGAACUCUCUGAAUUGCCUUCCACUUGUCAAUCUGUAUUAGUUGGCCUACUUGGUUGGGAAGACGGGGCGAAAGUCUUGGCGGAAGCGGGGGCUACUACUUCCACUACAGGGCAAUUGCAGGCCACUCCUACUUCCACAGGUCCUGCUGCCAGUCCCGGUGGUGGUCCUCGCGUUUCUAUCGACGCGGAGAAGCGACAAACGCUGUUUUUGUUCGGCAGUGGAAAUGUGUGCCAGGAAAUACGUGCGGAUGUAAUGCAGGGAGGGACACCGUCGUUCUCUAUGAAACCAGCGAUUUGGGGCACUCCUAGACCUCUAGAAGUCCGUGAUCUGGUAUGCAAACUGAGUUGUGGAUCGGAUUACGGUUUAUCCGUUGUAAAAACUCAUCACAGUGUUGAACAAAGUAAUAAGCAAGAACUCGAACUGCAUCAUUGGGGCCGCGGCAGGAUGAGCACGAAGGCCCCGUUUGAGAAUGAGAAUCGAAGCCAUGGUGAACCUGAAUCGUCAAAAAGUAUUUUGACAAGCUUUAGUGAGGCAGUGCCUCUUUCAGAUAUGAAUGUUUUUGCUGGACGGCGUCAUGCAUUUGCAAUCAUUUCUUGAGGCAAGAAUCAGAAAAAUCCUCAUCUUCCAAGUAAGUGCCUUCUGUGCAAUAGUGUAAGUGCAUGAGCGAAUGUCCGAAAUCGUUUGUUGCGUCGAUUCUACCAAGCACUUGGCAAGUAAUGUGAGUAUGUGAAAUCUGAAAUUUUAGUUCUGUGGAUG